AUGAAGUUCCUCGUCACGACAGCGACCCUCCUCUUCUCUUUGGUCUCUGCGCAGACUGGUGUGCCUGAUGUCAACAGUCUUGCUGUGCAAAAGCAUCUUCGCUCGCGAUCGGCGUUGAUCUCGUACGAGAAGAGACAGCGACAGGACCACUUUUUCCGUCAAAACCUCUCCUCUGUAGCCCAGAGAGCGGACGCCAUUGUAGCAGCGAUUCGCCAGGAGGAAAUCGACGAGUACUGGCGAGUGCCUGGAACCCCGGAGAAGAAUGAUACCGACGAGAGGUUCGCCGGUGAGGUCUUCCCGAAAGCCCGGCCAUUGAUCAAUGGUACCAAACUCUGGGAAGUGGUCAAGCACAUGCCUAAGGGUGCCCUUUUGCACGCGCACUUGGCUGCCAUGCUUCCCUAUGAGACUCUGCUGGAAACCAUUCUUCACACCGAGGGUAUGGUCUUCUCCGCCUCCCAGGACCUGUCCACCGAGGACAACCGCAAGAAUGCCUCCAUCGAGUUUGCCCAUGUCAAUCAUACCAUUGCGACCAAUGGAUCGUCGAUUUAUUCAAAGGAUUAUGUCCCUAACACGCCAAUCCCCGUAACUGUGGCUGCUAGCACUUUCCCGGGUGGCCAACAGGGUUUCAUUGACUUCAUCAACACCAAGGUGACCAUCUCUCCCGAGCAGUCUGUGCGUCACGAAUUGGGAGUCGAUGAGAUCUGGCGUGUCUUCCAGACAGCCUUCGGUCCCGCCAACACCAUGCUAUCGUACGAGCCCGUUGUCCGGACGUUCUACCAGAAGCUCUUUUCGCGCCUGGCCGAGGACCACAUCAACUGGGUGGAAAUCCGUGCUGGUGGUUCAAGCGGCAAGCUUGUCCAUGAGGGCGAGGAGGACCCCGAUCCGGAUCUGGAUAUCUGGUGGGACGUCCUGUUGGAGGAGCUGGAGAAGUUUCAGAAAACUCCGCAGGGCGCAGAGUUCUGGGGAGCGAGAGUCAUCUGGUCGGACAGCAGAGGCAAGAACCGUGCUUCGCUGACAAAGAGCAUGGGAAUUGCUCUUGAGCGGAAGCGCAGACACCCUCAGCUCUUUUCGGGCUACGAUGUGGUCGCGCAAGAAGACUUGGGUCGUCCUCUCGCCGAGAUGGCACCCGAAUUGAUCUGGUUCCAGCAGCAGGCCGAGGAGUCGAAUCUCACUAUUCCUUUCUUCUUCCACGCCGGCGAAACUCUUGGCGAUGGAAACUCGACCGACCUCAACUUGUUCGACGCGGUCCUCUUCGGCACACGCCGUAUCGGACACGGCUUCUCCCUGUACAAGCACCCGAGGCUAAUUGAUGAGGUGAUCGAGAACGGUAUCAUGGUGGAAGUCUGCCCCAUUUCCAACGAAGUCUUGCGUCUCGCCACCGAUAUCCUCCACCAUCCCCUUCCGGCGAUGAUUGCCCACGGUAUUCCGACGGCUAUCAGCAACGACGACCCGGCGAUCCUCGGCCAGAACGCAGCUGGUCUGAGCUACGACUUCUACCAGACAAUCCAAGCUUUCGAUAACGUCGGUCUGGCUGGCCUGGGAGCACUAGCGCAGAACAGCAUCCGGUGGAGCAACUUCGAAGAUCAGAACGAGGUCGAAUGGGUUCGUGAUAUUGAUUUCGGUGAGAAUGGGGAUGGCAUCAAGGCCAAGCGUUUGCAGCAGUGGAGCGAGAAGUGGGAGGCCUUCUGCGAGUGGGUUGUGAGGGAGUACGGAGACCGUUAUGCCACAGAGGAGCUCUGA